AUGACGCCCAUUCCACAGAGUCUGUGGGAACUUAUCUCACCUGAUGAAGUGAAUGUUGCAAAGGAAGGAGUGAAUUCGAUACGCUUGGUGCAGGAAUUAGAAAGCAUUCCCAAAACUGAAAACCCUCCAGACCGUUCUUACGCUGCAGACAGAUUCCCUUUCUUUUACCGUUCUUAUGCUGCAGAUAAAUCAGAUGAAUUGCCUUUCUUUUACCGUUCUUAUGCUGCAGAUAAAUCAGAUGAAUUCCCUUUCUUUUACCGUUCUUACGCUGCAGAUAAAUCAGAUGAAUUCCCGUUCUUUUACCGUUCUUACGUUAUGUGCAAAUGCCAACAACGCACUCAUCGCAGAGCGUAUUUCUUGCUGGAGAAGGAUUUGGUGAGUGGAACCAAAAAGUAUCUAAGCUAUUCCAACACUCAGAAGAUGCAUUUCCUUCCACGCUCCGUGGCAGAUAAAAUCCCUUUCUCCUCCGACAACCUCUCUGUGGCGUUGAAGGAGCUCAAUAUAGCGCCAGAUUCUGACAUGGGUCUUGCUAUGAAGCAGACCUUAAAAGUAUGCGAAGCUCCUCCGGUGAAGGGCGAAACCAAAUACUCAACAUCGCUGGAGUCCAUGAUUGACUACAUCACUUCGAAGCUGGGAAGCAAUAGCGUAACCGUGCUGGCGACGAAUGUUCCAAAGGGGAAGACAUCAAAAUCUGUGAAGCACCAAUAUUCCAUCACGGGAGUGCAAUACGAGAGCCAAGGGGAGAAGCCUGUUGGAAGUGUCACAGUUCUGAGAGGGGGGGUGAAUCAGAACUGUAUUGUUCUAAUAAGAAACUCCUUGAUAAAUUUUUCACUAAGCAGUUUAAAACAGAAUAUUUACAGUUUGUGCAGGAGAAGUUUAACAAAGCCAGUGUAUGUCUGCCACACUAUAAAAUAUGCGUACGCAGUUUAUUUUUGCCACGAAUUGCAAGGCACCAAGACCGCAAGAGUUUCGGUGAAAGGCAAAGAUGGCAGCAUGGUGGAGGCGGCGACCAUCUGUCACACGGACACCAGCGCAUGGAAUCCCAAACACGUGGCAUUCCUGGUGUUGAACGUCAAGCCUGGUGCUGCUUCUGUAGGCCAUUUUAUUCCCGAAAACCACUUUGUGUGGCUCGGAGCCAACUAG